AUGGCGCUGCCCAGCCAGGCAUCCUACAAGCGGCUGCAACAGAACCCCGGUCUGCUGAAGGGUGACCACGGGCUGCUGGAAGAGUUUGAGGCCGCGCCCUGGCUGCUGCCUGCCCGCACGCCACAGCUGCCCUAUGCCAACCUCCACAGCUUUGAGAAGCUUCUGGCGCUGCGGUCGCGGCCCGUGGGCAGCUUGAAGAAGAGCAUCACGCUGCUGCUGUUCAGCAAGGCGUGGGCGGUGAUGGCACAAAACAGCAUCUACUCGCUGGUCAAGCACGGCGGCGUGAGCAACCACAUCGCCCUCACCUGGACUGCCGAGGACCUGGAGGCCUGCGCCGACCUCAACCUGCCCUGCGGUGAUGUGGCCGACAUGCUGGUGGAGCCCCUGAAGCCAGGGAAGAAGGGCAGCGAGCGGGAGCACAAUUUCCUGCUCAUGUCUUGGCUCAAGCCGGCGGUGGUGCUGCGCGCUCUGCGACUCGGCCAUUCCGUCAUGGUGGCAGACGUGGACAUUGCGUAUGCCGUCAAGCCGCUGUGGGAGAGCUACCUGGCCUUCACCCAGGCCUCCAACUCAGACGGGGCCUGGCUGGAGGAGAAGCCGGCAUCCAACACCGGCCACUUUGUGCUGCUGCCCACCCCGGCGUCUCUCGCCUUUGCCGCGGCGUGGAACGCGUCGGCGGCGGAGAUGAUGAAGGAGAAGCUGACGGACCAGAAGGCGCUGCCGCUGCUUGAGGGCAGGCACUACCUGCGGUGCAACACCCUCUGCCGCUGCUUCCGCGCCGCGUACAACCUGACCGCGCGUGGCGAGCGCGGCAAGGUGGCGGCGUUCCGCACCUACCUGCCCAGCCACUUCGCCUACUCCCCGAACUGGUGCACCAUUGGCAGCCCAGAGUGGGUGCCCCGCAUCGACCCCUGCGACUGGGCAGUGCUGUACCUACACAUCAUCUGCGAGGCCGAGGCGGCGGUGAAGCAGAGCGUGCUGCGUGCGGCCGGCUUCUGGUUUGUAGACGACGAAAAGGGGUGCAAGCCGCAGCCGGGCUCAGCCAGCGGCGUGCCCGCCUGCCAGCCCCUGCGCUGGCGACUACCGCAGACCGAGGCGGGGCACUAUCGCUGCCGCUCCUUCGAUCUGGGGCUGGUGCAUGGCGGGGAGCCGGCGGCGGGAGCAGUUGCACGGGCUGGGGUCAGAGGCAAGGCCGCAGAAGAGCUCUUUGACUUGAUAAAGGACAAGAAAUCACUGUUUGGCGGCGCGCCGUUCGCCGACUUGCCCGGCGGUGACGAUGGGCUGCCUGGCACCGAGGAUGAGGUGCCGCAGACUGCACAGGCCACUGGCGCGCCUCCACAGAUGCCCUCCGCCCCGAGGCAGUCGGCAUAUGAGUGGAUUCAGGGGCUGCCCUAUGCCGGUGUGCAUGGCUUUGACGAGCUGCUGGCGCUGCGCUCUGCCCCCGUGGCCGGCCACGACAAGGCCAUCGCCCUCCUUCUGUUCAGCAAGGCAUACGCUGUGAUGGCGCAGAACUCGAUCUAUUCCUUAGUCAAGCACGGCGGCGUGCGCAACUACGUCGCCCUCACCUGGACUGCCGAGGACCUGGAGGCCUGCACCGACCUCAACCUGCCCUGCGCUGAUGUGACCGACAUGCUGGUGGAGCCGCUGCCCAGCCACGAGGCUGUGGCUCGGCACGGCGAGCGCGCUUUCCUCGCCGUCAACUGGCUCAAGCCCUCGGCGCUGCUGCGAGCGCUGGAGCAGGGCUAUGCGGUGAUGGUGGCAGAUGCUGACGUGGCAUACUCAGCCAAGCCAGUGUGGGACUCCUACCUCGCCUUCAUCAACCAGACGCAGGCGGAUGGAGCAUGGCAGCUGGAGGAGCCAGGCAGGGCAAGCGCCAACUCAGGACACUUUGUGCUGCUGCCUACCCCGGCGUCCCUCGCCUUUGCCGCGGCGUGGAAUGCCUCAGCUCCAGAGAUGAUUGAGCAGGGGCUGUCGGAGCAGGACGGGCUGCCGCUGCUGGAAACCGACAGCUUCGUCUCCUGCUCCUCGCUGUGCGCCUGCUUUGAUGCAGCACGCAACCUAACAGGGCAGGGCACGAGGGAGGACGUGGCGGUGCUGCGAGCCUACCUGCCCAGCCACUUUGCCUACACGCAGCGCUUGUGUGCAACCGGCAGCGAGGCUUGGGUGCCCCGGCUGGACCCCUGCGACUGGUCAGUGUUGAUUCUGCAUGCCAACAAAUGCACAGCCGGCGGCGCUCCUGUCAGCAAACGGGAAGUGCUGGCUGCCUCAGGCUUCUGGUUCCUUGAUGAUGCAGACGACGGGUGCAAGCCGCAGGAGCGGUCCGCCAGCGGCGUGCCCGCCUGCCGGCCCCUGCGUUGGCGACAGCCGGAGGCUGAGCUGGCGCUCUACAGCUGUAGCCCGUCCCCGGGGCUGGGGCUGGUGCACGGCGGGGAGCCAGCGGCGGCGGCGGCGAUGCGCAGCGGGGAGCUGGCAGAUGGACGCAGCUGGAGCAGCACGUGCGACUAG